CCGUCAAUCCGGUGUCUGAAGAGAAUUCUGGGACGAGGUCUCAGCAUGGCUCGGACAGUUUGUCUGUACUGGCCCUUCAUCGCCCUACUCUUCUUGGGGGGACUGCAGUGUGACCCGAGCAGGCAGACUCACAGCCACAACAAAAGGGAUAUCAGCAGUGCGCAGCCUCGUAUGAUCUCUGAGAAUGGUCAUCUUACUUUUUCUGCGGGAAACAAUAAAGACAUCAAUUUUCAGACUUCAGGAUCAGGUCGAGUGAAAGUGGGGGCUGUGGACCUCACUGAGCAAAUAAAUCAGAUCAAAAUUAAUAAAGAUGACAUUGAAACAAUAAAGAAUAGUGGUACCUCUGAAGAAGUUUUGAACCAGUUGAAUCAGCUGAAGACAAGAGUGACCACACUUGAAUCAAACGUUCAAUCAAUAGAACAGACAAUCCAGCGGAAGACAUGUAGCAGCAACCCGUGCCAGAACCUUGGGACUUGUCUGAAUCUUGUGGACUCCUUCCACUGUCUCUGUCCUACAAACUGGCAGGGUCCCACUUGUGCUGUAGAUGUGAAUGAGUGUCAGAUCUAUGCUGGAACCACUGAGGGUUGUCAGAAUGGAGCCACAUGUGUCAACACUCCUGGAUCUUACACAUGCACGUGUACUCCAGAAUGGUUUGGGCAACAUUGCACCUCUCGCUAUGAUGACUGUGCAGGUGGGAGUCAAGACCUUUGUGUUCAUGGGUUGUGCAUUGAUUCUGACAGGGUCACACCAAAUGAGCCUAAAUAUAAAUGCGUCUGUGAUGUUGGGUGGAUGUCUCCUCCCGGCAGUUCUGCCUGUACAGCAGAUGUGGAUGAGUGUAGCCUUCCCAACAAGCCCUGUUCAACCAACCCCCCUGUUCAGUGCUUCAACACGCUAGGCUCCUUCUUCUGUGGGGCUUGUCCAACAGGCUGGCAAGGCAAUGGCUACAGCUGUCAAGAUGUGAAUGAGUGUGAGACAAACAACGGUGGCUGUUCCACCUCCCCCAUGGUGCCCUGCCUCAACACCAUGGGUUCCUUCCACUGUGGACAGUGUCCCCCAGGUUAUGAGGGAGAUGGAAAGACCUGCACUCAAGCCAAUAUAUGUUCAAGCAAUAAUGGAGGAUGUUAUCCUUUGGCCACGUGCAUCUCUGUCCCAGGUAGCAAUAUCCCAACAUGCACUUGUCCCCCUGGAUAUGUGGGAAAUGGAUAUGGGCCUACUGGUUGUACUCAGAUCAUUGACAUCUGUGGGACCAGUAACCCAUGUGUCAAUGGCCAAUGUGAGAACACAGCCAUUGGAUAUGUCUGCCGCUGUGACCCUGGCUGGAGUGGCCAGAACUGUGACCAGAAUAUUAACGAGUGUGCCAGUAACCCCUGCCAGAAUGGAGGCACCUGCAAUGAUGGCAUUAAUGGCUACACCUGCACCUGUACUGCGCAGUGGACAGGCCCGCAGUGCCAGACUCCACAGCAAGAGUGUGGGGGAGUCCUUGAGGGCCUGUCUGGUACUUUCAGUUAUCCCAACACUCCUGGUCAUGAUGAGUAUGACCACAUGAUCAGCUGUGCCUGGGUUGUCAGAACUGAUGCAGAUAAGAUUCUGCGGAUCACAUUCCCUUUCUUUGAUCUGGAGCAGAGUUCCACAUGUAGCUUUGACUUUCUGCAAAUCCACGAUGGAGAGAGCGCCUCUGCCUACAUGAUUGGCAAAUACUGCGGCACCAGCGCCCCAGCAGAGCUCUUCAGCUCCCACAAUUCCCUGUACUUCUGGUUCCGCUCCGACCACAUCAUCAGCAGAGGUGGCUUCACUGUGGCCUGGCAGUCCCAAGCACCAGAGUGUGGUGGCCAUUUGACCAAUUCAUAUGGGGAUAUUAAGUCACCUGGUUACCCAGGCAAUUACCCACCAAACCGUGACUGCUACUGGACGAUAGAUGUGAGCCCAGGGCUGCUCAUUACCUUUGCUUUCGGAACUCUCAGCCUUGAGCACCAUCCAGACUGCAACUUUGACUAUCUAGAAAUCAGGGAUGGUUUGCUCCCCGAGGACCCCCUUCUCAAUAGGUACUGCAGCACUGGUUCACCAGCCCCGCUGCAGACCUCGGGCCCUGCUGCCUGGGUUCACUUCCACUCUGACUUUGUUAUCAGUGACCGGGGCUUCCAUAUCACAUAUACCACCUCUCCAAGUGAUCCGGGAUGUGGAGGCACCUAUACAGAGAGUGAAGGUGUUAUCAUCUCCCCUAACUGGCCUAAUAACUAUGCACAUGACAGGCAGUGUGUCUAUGUUAUUAGACUGCCCCGUAGUGAGUUGGUGGCUCUCAAUUUCACUCAUAUGGAUCUGGAAUUUCACACCGGAUGUCAGUUUGACUAUGUGGAGGUGCGUGAUGGCACAGGGGAAACAGAUCCACUCAUUGGAAAGUACUGUGGCUCUACCCUACCAGCCCCCAUCCUAUCCACUACUAACAGCCUCUGGAUUCGCUUCAAAUCUGAUAGCUCUGUUAGCAAGGCUGGCUUCAGGGCUGUAUAUGAGAUCAGUUGUGGAGGAAGUCUUUCUGGCUCUGGCCAGAUUCGCACACCCCUUCACCCUGAUCCCUAUGCCCACAACAAGAGAUGUGAGUGGGUCAUCAAUCAGCCCAUGAGCUAUGUUGUCACGCUCAACUUUCUCACCUUUGAUGUUGAGGGCAGUGCUGGUUGCAUCUUUGAUUAUGUGGAGGUACGAGAUGGUGCUACAUCCAGCGCUCCUCUUAUUGGCCGAUACUGUGGAAACCAGGUCCCCUCUAUGCUGCAGUCCACACAGAGUCACAUGCAUAUUGUUUUCAGUACUGAUGCUUCAGUUAGCAACCACGGGUUCACGGCAGAGUAUUCGUCUGUUAUGGAAGGCUGUGGAGACACUCUCAUAGAUCCUUCAGGCUCCUUCACCAGCCCUGGCCAUCCUACCAGCUACCCUCAUGGUGCCAACUGCUCCUGGCACAUAGCUGUCACCCCAGGCAACAUCAUCAGACUGUCCUUCACAUCCUUUAAUCUGGAGUACCAUACUAACUGCAUUCAUGACUAUGUGGAGGUCUAUGACAAUGGCACUGCUCAGACUGGGAAUCUUCUGGGCAGGUACUGUGGGCGGUCAGUUCCUCCUUCUCUGACCAGCACUGACAACCUCAUGACUGUUCUGUUUGUCUCGGACUCCAGUCUGGCAAAUGAGGGCUUCUCUGCCAGCUAUGUCUCAAUCAAUGCCACCACAGACUGUAGUGCAGUGUUCACAACUCCCACUGGAGUGCUGACCUCGCCUAACUACCCUGACAACUACCCCAUCAACCGUGAGUGCAUAUUCAGAAUCAUAGUGGGGCUCAAUAUGCAGAUUAUGCUCAACUUCACAGACUUUCAGAUGGAAGGUGGCUCUUGCUCCUUUGACUAUGUGGAAAUCAGAGAUGGAGGCUUUGAAACAUCACCUCUCAUUGGUCGAUACUGCGCAACCCAGACUCCACCCCUAAUAAUAUCCCAUAGCAACAGGCUAUGGGUCAUGUUCCGGUCAGAUAACUCUGUUACUUACAAGGGUUUCUCUGCACACUGGGAUGGCACCCAGACAGGCUGUGGAGGAACUCUGACAACCAGUGUUGGUAGUUUCACAUCACCUAACUACCCUCUGCCCUACCACCCCAAUGCCGAGUGCUACUGGCACAUCAAAUCUAGUGCAGGAAGUAUGAUCCAGCUCAGCUUUGGGGACUUCCAUCUAGAAUCCAGCACUGACUGUAUUUUUGACUACCUGGCGGUUUAUGAUGGGAAUAGCACUAAUGCUCGUCAGUUGGCCAAGUUGUGUGGAAACCAGAUCCCUGAUGCUAUUGGCUCCAGUAAAGAACACCUGUAUGUUAAACUUCGCACAGACAGCAUCAUCAGUGCUGGGGGCUUCGUGGCCUCAUAUGUGGCCACUUGUCAGGGUAUUGUCAUUGCUAACCAGUCAAAAGGGGUGAUUGAGAGUCAGAAUUUCCCAAACAACUACCCUUUGGACUCUAGCUGCAGCUGGACAAUCCAAAGCACCAUGGGAAACACAAUCAACUACACCUUCACAGCCUUUGACCUAGAGACAACAUCAGCUAGCUGUAACUAUGACUAUUUGGAGCUGUAUAAUGGUGCAAAUGCACAGGCUCCACUGAUUGGUAGAUUCUGUGGGAACACGCCCCCUCCAGCAAGCACCACCAGUGGUAGCAGCCUCUACAUCGUGUUCCACUCUGAUAUCUCCAUUGCCCACACUGGCUUCCGCAUGCUGUGGUACCAGAAUGGUUGUGGGGGGGAUCUCUUUGGGCCCUCUGGCUCUUUCACCAGCCCAGGCUAUCCUAACAAGUACCCAGACAACCGGGAGUGUGUGUGGUACAUCCAGACCAGCCCUGGCAGCAGUAUCACUGUCACCAUCCAUGAGUUUGAUAUAGAGGAACAUCCCAACUGUGACUAUGAUAUGCUAGAGGUGUAUGGUGGUCCUGACCUGAAUGCCCCACAGCUAGCCAAGCUCUGCACGACACGACCACCCAGUAACCCCAUGCAGGUGUCCAGCACGGGUAAUGCUGUCACUGUUCGGUUCAAGAGUGAUGAGAAUGGGAAUGGCAGGGGCUUCAAUGCUAGCUGGCAGGAGACUCAAGGAGGAUGUGGAGGAGUUGUUGUAGCUCCCAAUGGAGAGAUCCAUUCCCCUCAGUACCCCAGUCACUAUCCUAAUAAUGUAGACUGCUCCUGGGUCAUCACUGUGGACACAGGCCACCGGAUUCUUUUCAAUUUCACAGACAUAGACAUUGAAAGUCAUUCCUUGUGCAUGUGGGAUUAUGUGGCUAUCCAUGAUGGGCCAGAAGAGUCCUUUCCUCUGCUGGCCAAAGUGUGUGGUUCCUCCAGACCUGAUCCCAUCAUCUCCACACAGAACAUCAUCUAUGUUCGCUUCAGAUCAGAUCUUAGCAACACUCACAGGGGCUUCAGAGCUGAGUUCUCAGAAGCGUGUGGAGCCACUAUCAUGGCCGAUGAUGUGGGAGGUGCUAUUGCCUCCCCUCGCUACCCUUUCCUCUACCCCAACAAUCAGAACUGCAGCUGGAUUAUCAUAGCACAGGAACCAUUUACACAUGUAACGCUGUCCUUUACCGACUUUGAGCUGGAGAUGCUGAAUGCCAACUGCUCCCAUGAUGCAGUAGAAAUCUUAGAUGGUGACAACUAUGGGGCGCCAUCAGUUGGUCGCUACUGUGGAAGUGACUUACCCCAUCCAAUCACUUCAUUCAGCAAUGCAUUUGUGGUGAAUUUUGUGUCAGACUCUUCUGUGACCAAGAAAGGCUUCAGAGCAACAUACAUGGCUUCAACUUCAAGCUGUGGUGGAAAUCUGCACAUGGAGUCUGGGGCCUUUAACAGUCCCAACUACCCAGAUGCCUAUCCACCCAAUACUGAAUGUGUAUGGACUAUAAUUAGUUCCCCUGGCAACCGUCUCCAACUCUCCUUCAUUCUGUUUGAGCUGCAGCAAAGUGAAGGUUGUAAUAAUGACUACCUGGAAAUUCGGGAGGGAAACUCUACUGGUGCGCUGGUUGGCCGAUUCUGUGGGAACUCACUUCCCUCUAACUACACCUCUCUCAUCGGCCAUGUCCUCUGGGUCAAGUUCAUCUCUGACUCCUCUGUCAGUGGAGCUGGAUUCAGGGCCACAUUCUCACAUUUGUAUGGAAAUGAUAUCACAGGUAGCUCUGGCCAAAUUGCCUCACCUCUGUAUCCUCGCACCUACCCUGAGAAUGCAGACUACCGCUGGACCAUUACAGUCAGUGGAGACUCCUAUAUUCAAAUCCGUUUCCUGGAUAUUGAUAUAGAGGACCUGUAUGACUGUUACUUUGAUCAUCUUAAGAUAUUUGAUGGACCCAAUGUCCAUGCAUAUCUCCUGGGAGUGUUUUGUGGUCUGUUUCUGCCUAACUCGGUGAGAAGUUCUGGGAGCACCAUGACUCUGGAGUUCAGAUCAGACUAUGUGAUUGGAGGAAGAGGUUUCCUCAUUGAAUGGACAGCCAUCCAAAACUCUGGUCCUUUGCCUACUAUACCACCAGGUGCUUGUGGAGGAGCUCUCAUGCCUGAGGACACUCCGAGGUUCCUCUUCUCUCCUGGUUGGCCUAAUCCGUAUGAGCCAAAUCUGGAAUGCUCAUGGGUAAUCCGCUCACCUGACUCCAUUGUGGAACUCAAUCUGCUGUAUAUGGACAUCGAGAAUCAAGACACAUGUUUGUAUGACAGCUUAGUCAUCAGGGAUGGUGACACCAACAUGUCCCCUGAGCUGGCAAGGCUAUGUGGUCGCGAGCUGCCUGGUUCACUCCAUUCAACAGGUGAUGCCAUGUUCCUGCGUUUUAUGUCUGAUGGCAGCAUCAGCGGUAGUGGCUUCAAUGCCUCCUACUCUAAAGGUUGUGGAGGUCUGCUUCAUGUAGACAGAGGAGUACUCAGCUCCCCCCACUACCCACAGAAUUACAAGCCUAACCUGGACUGUAGCUGGCAUGUAAUGGUUACUCCAGGCUACAGAGUUUCUGUCACCUUCCUAAGUCCAUUUCAGGUGCAAGGCUUUGGUUCUGGCUGCAGUAGUGGAGACUACCUGGAGUUAAGGAAUGGGCCAGAUGGUAAUGCACCAUCUCUUCAUGGUCGGUUGUGUGGAUCCAACCCCCCUGCUGUCACACAGACCACUGAUAACCAUCUCCACGUGCGCUUUAUCUCAGAUGCCUCAAAUGAGAGCAAUGGCUUCAAACUGAUAUUUGAGGCAUACAGUUCUGCUUGCGGAGGGACCAUCGAGUUGAAUGAUGGAGAUCCACCAGGGUAUAUUACAUCACCCAAUUAUCCAUCAAAUUAUCCACAGAACAUUGACUGUGUCUGGAUUAUUUUGGUGCCCAGUGGAGAGUCUGUGCAACUGGACUUUGAGGAUUUCUUCAUUGAACCAAACACUGGAUGUUACUAUGACUACCUGGAAGUACGUGAUGGUGCAAGUUCGAAUGCUGACCUGGUUGCCAAGCUCUGUGGUGAUAUGCGGCCAUCUACUCAACAUUCCAGAGGCUCUGCUAUGUACCUUCGCUUCCGCACUGAUCAUAGCAUCACACAUAAAGGCUUUAAAGCCAAGUACUCCAUAGCUACAUGUGGUGGCACAUACACUGGCCAGAAUGGUAUCAUCAGAAGCCCAGGAUACCCAGAUUCAAAUUACCCAGACAACUCUAUUUGUGAGUGGUACCUGGAAGGUCCCACUGGGCACUAUUUGACCCUCAGCUUCACAGACUUUAACCUCCAGAGCUCCACAGACUGUAGUGAUGAUUAUGUAGAAAUUCACGAGUACAAUGCUUCGGGACGCUUUCUAGGAAAGCACUGUGGAAGCAGCCUGCCAGCACCCAUGGACACAGGAGACAGUUUUGCAUAUGUGAAGUUUGUGAGCGAUGGCAGUGGUAAUGCAAAUGGAUUUAGACUUUCAUUUGAAGCCAGUGUAGAGGAAUGUGGAGGGGAUCUGAAUGCACCCUCUGGGACAAUCUCAUCACCAAACUACCCCAACCUUUACCCCCACAAUCGACUAUGUCGCUGGAGAAUCACUGUGCCUCAGGGUCGCAGGGUCACUCUUACUUUUAAUGACCUUCGGCUAGAGGACCACAACAGCUGUAUGUUUGACUAUGUGGAGGUCAUCAAUGGCCUGCUGUCCAAUGCCCCUCGUUUGGAGCGGUUCUGUGGCUCUGUGCCUGCUGGCACUCAGGUGAAGUCCUCUGGCAACACUAUGACUGUUAUUUUUGCCACUGAUUCCUCUGUGUCCAAUGGUGGAUUCACUGCAGACUACUCCUCUGAUGAGGCAGCAGUGUGUGGAGGAAUCCUCAGUACCCCAGGGAACUUUACAUCACCUGACUAUGGUAAUGGUAACUACAGCAACAACCAGAACUGCGAGUGGAUGAUCCAGAAUCCUCAGCAUGUGAACUCCUCCAUCAUCGUACUCAUACAGGACCUGCAUCUCGAGCACCACCAGACUUGUGACUGGGACUACCUUGAGAUCAGACUCGGUGAUGUAAAUGGUGAGCUUCUUGCCCGUUUCUGUGGUCAGAACACUCCUCCAGUUCCCAUUGUGGUGUUCACUGCCCAGCUCUGGGUUCAUUUCCUAUCUGAUGAAGCUGUGGUUGACUUAGGAUUCAAAGCUACAUAUUACUUCUCAGAUUGUGGAGGUGCCCAGAGUGGUGAAGGAGGGGUCAUUUCUAGUCCUCAUUACCCAGAAAUCUACCCUAGCCCAAGUCGUUGUGCCUGGCUUUUGGAGGCUCCAGAAGGCCAUACCAUCACACUAACAUUCACAUACUUUGAAGUUGAAGAACACAGCCAGUGUUCUUGGGACUCAGUGAGUAUCUUUAAUGGUGGAUCUCCAGGUGCACCUCUCAUUGGACAGUAUUGCGGUCAUUCAUCUCCUGGGACAAUCCAAUCAGGUUCCAACAAGUUAGCAGUGGUGUUCCUGGCUGACCACUCUGUGUCCAAAGGAGGGUUUCUGGCUACCUGGUCAACAGACUCUUCAGGGUGUGGUGGGGUUAUACAUGCUGACUCUGGCACCAUAAAAUCCCCCAAUUACCCUCAGAACUUCCCAUCUAAUAUUGAGUGUUCCUGGACUAUCAUUGCUCAUGAGGGCAAGCAUUUGGUAAUGAGUUUUGCCAGUGACUUCCAGAUACCUGACUCCAGUGGACAGUGUCAGAGUAGUUACAUCAAGGUGUGGUCUGGUGACAAAGAGCAGAACAAUGCUCUCUUGACCACUGGCUGUGGUUCUGCACCUCCUCCUGCCAUUAUUGCUCCCUUCAAUAUCAUCACUGCACGUUUUCAGUCUACUGAGACCCCUGGCAGAGGCUUCUUAGCCACCUUCUUCACACAGUGUGGAGCAAACUUUUCUGCCUCUGAGGGUCGUGUGGUAUCCCCCAACUACCCGGAUUUGUAUCCCUCCAACUCCAAAUGUAACUACAGCAUUGAUGCUGGAGAUCAGAGUGUGAUCAUCAUCACCUUUAAAACUUUUCAGAUAGAGGCUGAAUCAACAUGUAUGUAUGAUGGAGUAAAGAUCUAUGGAGGUUUAUCUUCGAAUGCCAAUCUUCUUGCCACUCUGUGUGGUAACACCAUUCCAGGGCUUUUCUCCACAUUCGGUCCCAUGCUCCUUAACUUCUAUUCUGAUUCUAUCAUCAAUGAUAAAGGCUUCCUGGCUGAAUACAUGGCCAUCCCAUGUGGAGGUAUGUUCAAUGGAACAUCAGGAACAGUAAGCAGUCCUGCUGUUUCCAUAAUCAACUACCACCACAACAUAAACUGUACCUAUCACAUCUUUGUACAAGACAAUCGCAUCAUUGAACUUAAAUUCAACACUUUCCACCUUGAAGCUUCUUCAACCUGUAACUUUGACUAUGUGGCUGUCUAUGAUGGAUCGAACACGUUGGCUCCACUCCUAGGACAAUUCUGUGGGGCCGUGCUCCCCCCAAUGCUCAGGUCUUCGACCAAUCAGAUGUUCAUUGUAUUCAAGACAGAUGCAUCAGUGGAUGCUGCGGGAUGGAGGGCAACCUACAGAGAAACUUUAGGGCCUCAACAAGGUUGUGGUGGCUAUCUUACCUCCUCUUCGGGACAGUUUGGUUCACCUGACAUCGACAUGAAUGGGAAGUAUGAGUCAUUCAUGAACUGUCUGUGGACCAUUGCUGUUUCCCCCAACAAAGUCAUCAACCUCACAUUCACCACUUUUGAACUGGAGGGUGAUUCUGACUCGACCUGUCUAUAUGAUUACAUAAAGGUCUUUGAUGGUGACAGUGUUGAUUACCCAUUGGUUGGAAUUUUCUGUGGGAAUGUAGUUCCUGCACCCUUUGUGUCAGCCAGUAACUUCCUCACAGUACAUUUUGUCACGGAUGGCUCGGUGGCUUUCAGAGGCUUUAACGCCACUUACAGUGAAGUCAACAGACUAUGUGGAGGAAUAUAUAAUGCCACAGCCACACCUCAGACCAUCACUUCUCCAUUUUAUCCCAACCCAUACCCUGCCUUCACCUUCUGCCGCUGGGUCCUGGAUGCUCCUCCUCAGGAAACAGUGAAGGUGAUUGUUCAGCAGUUCCAUCUGCAGACCAGCCAGGGUUGUUCCAGCAACUUCCUGGAGAUGAAAGACUGGCCUGUGGGAGACUAUGGACAGGCACAUAAGUUUUGUGGUUCAGACUCCCACAUCCCUGACUUCUACAGCUAUGAUCGCACCAUGCACCUUACCUUCCAAUCUGACACCUUCAUGACUGGCAAUGGCUUCAGUCUGUCCUACCAAGUGGCAGGAUGCAGCAGGGUGUAUGAGCAGGCUUAUGGUUACCUGAAGAGCCCAGGCUGGCCUGCCGUGUAUCCUCAUAAUAUGGAUUGUACUAUUGUCCUCCGUGCACCUCAGAACAACUUCAUUUCCCUGUUCUUCGACAGCUUUGAUGUAGAGUCUCACCCCUCUUGCAAUUUUGACUUUCUGGAGGUAAGGAACGGCAGCACACCUUCAGCCCCUCUACUGGGAAAAUACUGUGGGAGCUCACUGCCUAACCCCAUCUUUCCGAGAACCAAUGAGCUCUUCCUGCAUUUCCAAUCUGAUUUCAUUACUUCCCGCAAUGGCUUUGAGAUCACAUGGACGUCCUCCUUAGAGGGUUGUGGUGGACAGCUGUAUGGAGACCAUGGUUCUUUUACCAGUCCAGAAUACCCUGGUACCUAUGCCAAUGGCACUCACUGUGAGUGGGCUAUUAGGGCCCCCAGUGGAAGAGUUGUGACAGUUACAUUCAACCAGAUCAGCAUUGAUGACCCAGGAGACUGCCAGAACAACUAUCUGAAACUUUAUGAUGGACCAGAUGCCAGCUCACCAUUUGUUGGGCCUUACUGUGGAACGGAAACAAAUAUAGCACCAUUUAGAGCAACCUCACAUCAUGUCUUCAUUGUGUUUCACACCCAGUCUGUUGUGCUUCCAUCUGGAUUCAGGCUCACAUGGAGUAGUUGAAGAUAUUCUGGGGAACAGUAUAUACACACACACUUGUUUACAAACAUUAGAUCACAAAGAUUACAAUCAUGUAAACAGUGCAAUUCAGGGCAAUAUUCACUGUGCAAUUAAUUAUAUAGAGUUUAAUUUUUGCUUGAUGCUUUCAUAGAAUUUCUAGAUGUGUAAGAAUAUAUGUAAUAUAUUUGUUGGUGAAAUGAAUAUUUUGUGUACUCUACUUUGCAGUGACUGACUGACUGUUUGAAAAUAAAAGAGGACAAAAGCUAUUUGUCGUCAGUUAUGAGUGAGCUUUGUGUUGAAUUCUGGGUAAGACUUUCUGUUGACAGACAAGUAAAGGGUGGACAAUCAACCACUUACCACUAUGUUUAAUUCAAAGUAAAAAAAAUUUCCAGUAACCUAACAUCGUUGCAUCUGGCUCAGAGGUUAGGUUAUGCUAUAUUGUUCAUAAACAAAUUUGUUAUUGCUUUUGCAUUGCAAGUGUUUUCCCACUUCUUGCUUACUUUAUAAAUUAAUGGUGCAUUCAUCAUUUUUAAAUUAUUUGUUUUCAUAUAAGUAGACAUACUGUCAUGGUGCACUGGGCACCCAGAGGGAGGGACAC